AUGCGGAUGGACUGGGAUGUGGGGCCGCGGGCAAGCAGCUGGCGGCGGCCCUGCGCAUGGAUGCGCUGGAAGAAGAGUGCCGUUGCGGUGCAGCGGAUCCUGGGGCAGACGCUUAACAAGGCGCGCGGGGUGGGGGCCGAGCUGGAUACGGAGGCUACUAGUCUCGAAGACCAGCUCCAGAGCAAGACCGCCGAGUGCUACCUGGCGCACCAGCACGUGAGCAAAAGGUACCGCGCACUCAAAGAACGCGAAGUCCAUUCCCUCAGGGCUCGCCUCCAAGUGCUCGCGCACCACGCCUUCCACCACGACCACCCCCCAACCCCGACCCCUUUCUCCCCCCACUCGCGACACCGAACCCUCUCUCCGGGUGGGGACAGGCCCCCGGGCCCCAAAAUAGCAACUUGUCCAAACCCCGAGGCGUGGGCCCGACAAUUGGCCGACGCGGCGGAGGCGAUGCGCGUGGUCGGAGAGAGAGAGCUGCGGGCGAUGGCGGGGGGAGCUGCAGUUUGCGCGGCAGGAGAAGUACGCGCUCGAGGGGCAGCUCGCCCAAUGGAGUCGAGCAGCUGCGGGCCAGGUCGAGAUGAAAGGUCGUCGAGCAACCGAGGAGGGCUUCGCGGCCGCCAGGGCGCUCGGGCGGCGCCUCCAAGAGCUGGAAGCAGAGGCGAAACGUGCUGCGCAGGCCGCCCCGGACGAGGCAGGCGGGAUCCUGGGGAGCCCUACGCAGCAAACGCCCGAUUUUCAAGGGCCCAACGAGUGCAUGAACCCGGGAGCUGCGCCAGCUCACCGGGGCCCCAAAGCUGCUUGGCCGUGGGAGUAUUCACAUUCUUGUCGCCCGCGCGCGGACACAAGCAUGACUGGGAGGCCCUCGGAGCCGACCGGUUCGUGCUGUCCCUGCCCACGUUCCUAGAGCUUUUGCGAUGCGCGUCUGAUUGUAUAAUACGUCCGGAGAUGGAGCCCCCCGCUGAGCGCCCCGCGUUCCUCACCGAAAGCCGGGGGGCCGGAACACCGCUGGGAGGCAGCCAGGAGAACCCGACUGGGGCCUCCCGCAAGAGCUCCGAGGGCACGUCGACGCCGAGGUUGGGCCCGCUCGGGCAACGAAAGCUCGGGCGGCGACUCGUCGAGGUUUCAACUGUAUCUGAUUCCGUCGAGAGUGGACGACGACGCUGGUUUGACGGCUCGAACCCGGAGCCAGUUUGUCAAUUGCGCGUUACAGAGCGCUAG